CUUUGGUAUAUAUAUCUGUCGGAUAGAUGGAAACCUGAUCUGUCAGUUUCAUAUUGGAUUCCACAGGGAGAAGUAAUAUAAGAAAUGGCUGCCAAGGGUAGAACUAUAAGUGAGAGGGAGGGAGUAAAGCUGAUGAACCCACAUAUCCAGGAGAUGGAGGAGGAUGUUCUUUAUCAUCUUGCUCUAGGAUCAGGUUCUCAUGAUCUCAGGCAGAUGUUCGGAGAUGUUAGGUUUGUUUGUAUGGGAGGAACCCCGCAUAGGAUGCAGAGCUUUGCUGAAUAUAUGGUCAAGGAAUUAGGAUAUAUUCUUCCAACAGGAACGGAUCUAGUGGACAUCAGUGCUAGAUCACACAGAUUACUAACCUUUCAACUGAUCAGGAUUGGAACAUGUGGAGGGAUUGGACUGCCUCCAGGUAGUGUUGUAGUUACAGAGGAAGCAUUUGAUGGUCAACUUCGCCCUGUUCUAGACACGAUUAUCCUUGGCAAGGUUGUAUCCCGACCAUGUAAGCUGGAUCAGAACCUUGCAGAUAAAUUAACCAGUAUGAGUGACCCAGAGGAUGAAUUUAAGACCGUCAAAGGGAAAACUAUCUCCACUGAUGAUUUCUAUGAAGGACAGGGACGUCUUGAUGGAGCCAUCUGCGAGUACACAGAGAAAGACAAGAUGGCGUACCUGAAUCACGUGUCGGAUAAUGGAGUCGUGAACAUGGAAAUGGAGGCAACUGUAUUUGCGGCAAUGACGCAUAUGGCCGGUAUACGGGCAGCUGUUGUUUGUGUUACACUUCUAGAUCGUCUGAAGGGUGACCAGGUCCUCACUCCGAAAGAAGAAUUGAUUGCUUGGCAGGAAAGACCGCAGAAAAUCGUUGCAAGAUUUAUCCUGUCUGAGCUGAGUAUGGAAGAACGCCAAGCUGCUACCCCUACCAUGAGUAAACUAGCCAGGAUCAGUUCAAACCUAUUCGCAAAAUCAUAUUCUUGCUUCGAGGAUGCAUAACUCUGAUGCUUGUUAGGUGAAUAUAAUAUAAAAAUCAUCGAACCUGGAUCAGUUCGUCCUUUAAUUAUACUCAUGUAGUGGAUAGUUAUUUUAUAGAAUAAGAAUAAACAUUUAUAAAGAAAAAUA